AUGGUUCGACAGAAAUUCGUGAUCAAUCCUCUUGAAAAACCUGCAGAUAGCUCAUGUGAUAUUCGUGAAUCCAGUGGUCAUGUAAAAUCAUUUUUUACGCGGCUGAUCAAGCGAAAAACUGUGACACAAUUACAAGCUGAAGCCGAAGGUCAAAAUGAACUGAAACGAACUUUAGGUUCAUUCCAGUUAUUAGCAUUGGGUAUCGGUGGCAUUAUCGGUACUGGUAUAUUCGUACUGAGUGGUGAGGCAGCUGCAAAAUAUGCAGGUCCUUCUGUUAUCGUAUCAUUUAUUAUUGCUGCUUUCGUCGCUGGACUUGCAGCAUUUUCCUAUGCUGAAAUGGCGUCGAUGGUUCCGAUUUCUGGCUCAGCUUAUUCAUAUACAUAUGCUACUAUGGGCGAAUAUUUAGCAUGGAUUAUCGGAUGGGAUUUGAUUUUGGAAUAUUUACUUGCUGCAGCUACUGUUGCUGUUGGUUGGAGCGGUUACAUCGUUCAUUUUAUUGAAACAGUAUCGAGACAUAACGCAACGAAAUGGAUUGUUGAUGCUCCAGUUGCUUGGAGUGAAGAAUCAAACGUAUUCUAUGCUACUGGCAAAGUGAUCAAUCUACCUGCCAUUGCUAUUGUUAUUGCUUUAACCUUGUUACUUCUAACUGGAAUUGGCGAAUCGGCAAAAGUCAAUCUUGUUAUUGUAGUGAUCAAAAUUGCGGUAAUCUUGUUAUUCAUUUUCGCAUGCUGUGGUUACACUCAUCGUAGUAAUUAUACGCCGUUUUUCCCUCCAAAUGAAGGUUCUUUCAAUAAAUACGGUGUCUCGGGUAUGUUCCAUGGUGCUACGGUAGUCUUUUUCGCAUACAUUGGUUUUGACUCUGUGACAACAACUGCACAAGAAACGAAGAAUCCACAGCGUACAUUACCAAUUGGAAUUAUUGGUUCGCUCAUCAUUUCUACAAUACUUUAUAUAGCCGUUUGUGCUGUAAUGGUUGGUAUCGUACCUUACAAAACGCUUGACUCACCGAAUCCUAUAUCCGAAGCCAUUAAAGGUACUCCACAUGGAAUUUGGUUGCCAAUUAUAAUCGAUUUAGGAGCAAUUGCUGGUUUAACAAGUGUAACUCUUGUUAGUCUUCUUGGUCAAACGCGAAUAUUUUACGCCAUGGCACAUGACGGUCUUCUCCCACCGAUAUUUGCAAAAGUUCAUUCUCGUACGAAGACACCAUGGGUAUCAACAAUUAUUAUCGGUAUCGUUUGUUCAAUAUUUGCAGCCAUCUUUCCUCUUGGUAUCCUUGGUGAAAUGACAUCAAUUGGAACAUUGGUUGCCUUUUUUCUUGUACAUGUUGCCGUUAUUAUCAUGCGUUUUACACAUAAAGAAGUUCCACGUGGUUUCCGAGUACCUUUUGGCCCUUGGAUAAUACCUGUGAUUGGCGCUUUACUCUGUCUUUUACUUAUGAUAACAUCUUCAAAAGAAACAGGUAUUCGACUUGCAGUUUGGAUGGGCAUCGGUCAGAUUAUAUACUUUUCCUAUGGAUAUUGGCAUUCGAAAUUGCGCUAUCCACCACAAGUUGAUGAAUCCGUCGCUAUGGAUAAUCUUGCUGUUGAUUCCGAGGAGAAAGCGCCUCCAGAAUACGUCGAGCAACGCGCUGAUACUCCAUCUAAUUAA